CUGAGCAAAGGCGGAAGGCUGGGGCGCGCUGUCGGGGCCGUGCGCCGCGGCCGGAGCUGCUUGUGGGACCAUGUCUGUCGGCAGGAGGCAAGUGUUCAUAGGGAAAGUACUGAAGAGGCUCUUUGCUGCUACUCCCUCCACUUCUUAUAUGCCUGUUCCAAGUGGAGAAGAGAUGGUACUAAAAACUCCUGCCUCAAAACCACAGCAGAAGGAUUCUGAGAAUGCUCAGGCUUCAUCAGAAUGUGCCAGUUCCCCAGGUAGGGAAAAUGAAAUCCUGCUUCCAAGGUUAUACACAGUAAGUCUCCCUCCUGAAGGCUACAUCCCAGAUAAUCCAAGAACAGAUAGUCCCACAAAUGCUGAAAACUCAGAGAGUAGUGAUGAUGCAGCAGAGGAGGAUUCUCACGGACAACCCAAGAGAAGGCGCAUUCGAAGGAAGAAACGAAAGAACACUGUUGGAAAUCCUGAUAAUUUACAUGGCGAACAAACAGAAUCUGGGAAGCAUGAGACUCUGUUUCAAGAUAAUUUACAGCUGCAGCAGACAGACGGCACAAAAGUUAGCAAAAACAAAAAGAGGAAAAUGAAAAAGAAACGACAAAAAGAAAAGAUGAAAGCAGCUGGCAUGCUAACAAAAAACACUGGUAUGGAUUUUACAUAUCAGCCUGAGAAGGACAACAGUGAAAGAGCAGACUUUAAAGACAUAGAUGAAAAAGCAGAUGGCGUUCUGGACUUCUUGCAGGCAACACAAGAAAUCUAUUUCGCUGAUAAUAAAUCAAAAUGCACAGAUUCACCUAUGAGUUCAGCAACCGUCCAAGAGAUUUUACAACAUCUUGAAUCUCACAGCAUGGCUUCCUCAGAUGUGACACUUCUACAUCAGAUGAAAUCCCUUGUACUUUUGCAGGAUACUGAGAGAUUGAAGGGCAUUUUGGAACAAUUCCAAGAACAUUCCAUGAUGCUGCCUGAUCAUGCCAAGAUAAUCUCUUCUCUGUUCCACUACUGGAUUACAGAUAUCCUUCCCGUGAAGAACAGGAAAUAAAGCAUGAUCCCACCUCAUUCAGUGCACGGGAUGGACCCCUCUGGGGAUCAAUCAAGGUGGUUUUGCAGAAGUGGGAAGAUGUGCAGUGAAGGAAGCAGGGUAUUGUUUAAAGAGAAAGGAUUGCCUCCUGGUUAAGGCAGCUGAAUGCUGCCUUGGAGAACUGGAUUUUUUACUGCCUCUGCCAGAGAGUUCUUAUGCUAGGCAAGUCACUUAAAUCAAACUUUUCACAGGUGAUCACUAAUUUCGUUCUUCAUUUUCUGUUUACCUGACUUGAGAGGCUGGGGUCUGUUUUGCAGAAAUGUUGAGUACUCACAGCUGCAAACAUCCGCAGAGCUACUUCAUUGUCCUUCAAAUCCCUCCAUAAAACUCUUCUUUCCUGUGAGGCCUACAAACUUGACAGUUUAAUUAUGCUGACCAAAAUUAUCUAAUUGUUUCCUUGUACUCCCCUGUUGGUCUGUCUGCUCCAUUGAUUAACUCUUGUUGUAUACUUACAUUGUAAGCUCUUUUGGGCAGGGACUUUCUUUUCUGUGUUUGCACAGUGCCCAGCACAAUGAAGUUCAAGUCCAUGACGAGCUCCUAAGCACUACUGCAAUACAUAUAAUGAUGGUGAUAAGUGAAUGUAUAAAGUGCUAUACAGUGCUAAGCACCUGGAAAAGUCAGGUACUGGGUAUCUCAGAUUGGACACCCAAAAUCAGUUGACACUUCUGACCUUGAUCUCCUGUGCCUCAGUUCCCCACACCUUCACAUCACAAGGGUGUUGUGAACAUUCGUGAAUGUUUGUGAAGUAGUUGGAUGCUAUAGUGAGAAGCACCAUAGAAAAGGAAAUUAAUAAUUGUUUUUUCAGAGCAGGGUUUGAAUAGUGCGCAGCAAAUAAGGCAGGUAUUGCACCACACAUUGAAAAAUGAGGAGAAAACAAAAUAUUGAAUAGCUGCUCAUUAAGUGAGCACUGUCCAUCCUGUGCACUGAAUGAGGCAGGGGUACUAAGCACAAUAUACUUCGUGUUCAUGUAAUUAAAAACUAUAUAAUAAAGAACAUAGGAGCCAAAUUAAGGUUGCAUGAGCAAGCAGCUUUAAUUUGACUGCUUGCACUUUGGCAGCACAAAGGAAAGGAGAAUUAGUCAGUGCUGCUGGAAGCACACCCCAGGCAUGUUGGGACUGGAUGGGGUGUGGUCCAUGGUUCCUAUCCAUUUACUAACAUUCUGUUGCUGGCAAGACAGGCCCGUUACAGUGUAAGAGGGUGGAGGUCACUAAGUGAUUGGAAGGGGUUGAGAUGUAUAAUAGAAAUAGUUUCAUAUCCAUUCCUCCCAGUGCUGGGACCUAUUUUAUUGUAUUGUUCCAGAUGGAAGAACGUUGUAUUAAUAAUGGUAGAACAUUGAUUAAUGUAGUUGAUCUUCCACAAACAUCUUCUCUGUACUGUAAUAUUCAUUUUUAAUUACCGUAUAUACUCGUUCAUAAGCCAAAUUUAUUUUAGUAAAAAGGGAAGCACCAGAGAAGGGGGUCGGCUUAUGAACGAGUAUAGAG